GGACGACGCGGGUCCCGUCGGCGCCAUGCCGGGUGCCGGCCCGGUCGAGGAGGCGGCCAAGAAGAACAAGAAGGCCAAGGUCAAGCUGCCCUGGGAGCCGAGCAGCUUCUACACCCAAGAGGUGCCGGAGCGAGACGACGAGGAGGACGAGGAAGAGGAGGAGCUGAACUUUAUCACAUUGGAGCGUCUCCGUAAGGCGGACGAGCGCACCAAGGCGAUGACAAGGGAGGAAUACGUCACCUGGUCCGAAUACCGACAAGCCUCGUUCACCUACCGAAAGGGCAAGCGAUUCAGGGAAUGGGCUGGCUUUGGCGUUGUCACGGACAGCAAGCCGAGUGACGACAUCGUCGAUAUCCUCGGUUUCCUCACGUUCGAGAUGGUACAGACACUCACGGAGGAGGCACUCAAGAUCAAGGAGCAGGAGGACCUCUGGAAAGAGCGCACCGGCGCCAGCGAAAGCAACAGCAAGAAGAGGAAACUAGCUCCUGGCGGUCUGUUCGAUCCGCCUAGCGAAGGCAAGACGCCCGUCGAGAGUCGACACAUACAAGAGGCCUUCCGCAGACUGCAGACGAGAGGAAAGAAGAGUCGCGCUAUGCUCAACGGAACGAGACUCCAGCAACAUACCAACUUGAGGCUGUUCUAGUCUUGUCAGGCUUGUGGUUUUCGUCACACUUGGCCUCGGUGUGGCGCAUUUCGGGGGGAGUUUCGGGUUUGGCGUUAGAUUUGGAUUGGAUACAUCGGUGAUACCCACGGCUGGAUAAUGGACUGCAUAGGCAUUUUGGGUAUGUUUCUGUUUCGGACAGCUUGAACGCAACGAUAGGCUUUCAUGGGACAUCUCAAGGCGAUUUUUUUUUCCGCACCGCAAACAUCGUAUCCGAGAUUUGAUUGCAUUCGAUCGCCUGCAUCGUAGCAUGACACCCGUUAAUCUUUAUAUAU